CGGGGUCCAGGGAGACCGGAUAUAGUGAAUGCAGGGUCCGGGGAGACCGGAUAUAGUGAAUGCAGGGGUCCGGGGAGAGCGGAUAUAGUGAAUGCGGGGUCCGGGGAGAGCGGAUAUAGUGAAUGCAGGGUCCGGGGAGAGCGGAUAUAGUGAAUGCAGGGUCCGGGGAGAGCGGAUAUAGUGAAUGCCAGGGUCCGGGGAGACCGGAUAUAGUGAAUGCAGGGUCCGGGGGAGACCGGAUAUAGUGAAUGCGGCGUCCGGGGAGACCGGAUAUAGUGAAUGCGGGGUCCGGGGAGAGCGGAUAU